GUGGGGCGACGCCGAGGCACAGGGGCUGCAGCGGCGCCGCCUCCACCAGUUGCUCUGCGCCCCAGCAACGCGCCACAGCUGACGCCGCCACCGCCUCCGACAAUACCGCACCAGCAACAGGAUGGACGUGAACGAGUUCCGGGUGCGCGGCAAGGAGAUGGUGGACUACAUCUGCGAGUACAUGGAGACGCUGGACAAGCGGCGCGUCACACCCAGCAUCGAACCGGGCUACCUGCGGCCGCUGCUGCCGGAGGAGGCUCCGCAGGAACCUGAGGACUGGAGGGACAUCAUGCGCGACGUCGAGUCCAAGAUUAUGCCGGGGGUGACGCACUGGCAGCACCCCAGGUUCCACGCGUACUUCCCAUCCGGCAACUCGUACCCGUCCAUCCUGGGGGACAUGCUGGGUGACGCCAUCGGAUGCAUCGGCUUCUCCUGGGCGGCGAGUCCCGCAUGCACAGAGCUGGAGACUAUCGUACUAGAUUGGCUUGGGAAGGCGAUAGGCUUGCCGAAUGAUUUCCUCGCAUUUGCCGAAGGCAGCAAAGGAGGCGGUGUCAUUCAGACGUCCGCGAGCGAGUGCGUGCUGGUGACGAUGCUGGCGGCGCGCGCGCAGGCCAUCCGCCGGCUGAAGCAGCAGCAGCCGCUGGCCGAGGAGGCCUCCCUGCUGGCGCGCCUCAUCGGCUACUGCUCCAAGGAGUCGCACUCCUGCGUCGAGAAGGCCGCCAUGAUCUGCUUCGUGCGGCUGCGCAUCCUCGAGCCCGACGACAAGUGCUGUCUGCGCGGCGAGACCCUCAGACAGGCGAUGGAGGAGGACGAGGCGCUGGGCCACAUCCCGUUCUUCGUGUCGACGACGCUGGGCACGACGUCGUGCUGCUCGUUCGACGACCUGCAGGAGAUCGGCCCGGUGUGCCGCAGCUUCCCGUGCGUGUGGCUGCACGUGGACGGAGCCUACGCCGGCAACGCCUUCAUCUGCCCCGAGCUGAAGCCGCUGCUGCGCGGCAUCGAGUACGCCGACUCGUUCAACACCAACCCCAACAAGUGGCUGCUCGUCAACUUCGACUGCUCGACCAUGUGGGUGCGCGACCGCAUCCGGCUGACGUCGGCGCUCGUGGUGGACCCGCUGUACCUGCAGCACGGCUACUCGGACGCCACCAUCGACUACCGCCACUGGGGCGUGCCGCUGUCGCGCCGCUUCCGCUCGCUCAAGCUGUGGUUCGUGCUGCGCUCGUACGGCAUCAGCGGCCUGCAGGCCUACAUCAGGCACCACAUCGAGCUCGCCAAGGCGUUCGAGGCGCUCGUGCGCAAGGACUCGCGCUUCGAGGUCUGCAACGAGGUCAAGCUGGGCCUGGUUUGCUUCCGGCUGCGCGGCUCGGACCAGCUGAACCAGAAGCUGCUGGGCACGAUCAACGCGUCGGGGCGCCUUCACAUGGUGCCCGCCUCCGUCAACGACAAGUACGUGAUCCGCUUCUGCGCCGUCGCGCAGAACGCCACCCACGCCGACGUCGACCAUGCGUGGGACGUCAUCACGGAAAUCGCCACUGAGCUGCUGGAGACCUACAACGUGGAGAAAGAUCAGCCGGAACCAGUGGACGAGGUGCUGGACCUGGAGGACCGCAAGAAGCGCGAGACGCUGGCGUACAAGCGCUCCUUCUUCGUGCGGAUGGUGAGCGACCCCAAGCUGUACAACCCCAAGAUCGCCAAGAGCCUGCCCGGCAAGCGGCACCGCCACCUCAGCGACCGCGGCGCCACCGUCGACAACGGAGUCUCCAUCAACGCGCCGCCGCCCCAGGCUUCCUGGAUCAGCUGGCCGUUAGCGUUCCUCUUCCAAGGCGUCCUGGAUGACUCUAAUGAAGUCCCUCUCAGGUUCCGGCACCUGGACACGAUGGUGCGGCUGAAGGCGCAGCGCGGCAGCAACAGCGGCCAGGGCAGCGGCUCGUCCAAGUCGCCCUCCCCGGAGCACGAGAGGGAGCGGGAUAAGGAGCGCGACAAGUCGCCGCGCCGCUCCCCCAUCAUGGGCCGGCGCCAGCCGUCGCCCUGCAAGGAGCACCACUGAGCCGCCUCGUCGCCCGCCCUCACACUCCCUCUAUUUUUCCUUCACUCCGCUCUUAUACUUCUCGAGCCCCUUAACUCUCCGCCUGACUAAAAAGCGCCUCCGUUUAGCGUAACUUAGAGUGCCUGCAUACAGUGUGGAGCAGCUAAGACAGAGAACCACAAAUUUAUUCUGAAUGAAUAAAUAUACUGAGAUGCGGCUUUCUCCAAGAGUCAAAUUUUCUGACGUACACAAGUAAUAUUUAAUGUUUAUAGCUACCAGAUUAUGACAGCGACUUUUCUUUUUCAACUUGACCUAUAUUAAUUGGCACUGGAAACAGCCUUCGAAGAGGACUUCCAUUGCAUAACAGUGUCAAAACGUGAUUGCCUAUUAACAAGAUGACAGUGCCUCACGCCACUGAUCCGACUUCAGCAGGAUUCACAAAGGUCUAUUUUAUUUUACCUAAUGUAAACACACACAUUAUUCAGGUAUCGUUCGUGUGUUCAUUAUUAUGACUGUCAUGUGAAAAGGUCGAAAUGUUGACCUGGUGCACUGUUGCACGCUAUGCAGCGAUUACGGACAGACAAUAGUGCAUCCUGAAUUACAUCUGGUAUUACUGCAGCGCAGGUCCGCAUGUAAUGAGGGAGACCAACCAUCGAGCAUUGUGAAUUGUCGUUGUUAAAGUCGUCUCUAAUCAACGGAAGGAAUCACUUGCGGGUUCCGAGGUGCUGUCAGCUACCCAGCCAGUACGGUGACUCUGAGUAGGUAAUAAAAAAGAAUGGGGUACAAUUUUAGAGUAGCUUCUCAUUAGCCACGCAUUUCUGUAGUUAGUUCUAACCGACGCUUGAGUUGGAGUUAAAAGCGGCAACGCAAGACUCUGGAUGACUGCAAACGAUUUGGAGUGCCGAAUCACCCUGUGCUCUGUGGCAAUCGAAUGGAAACAUUUGCGUUUGACUGAUGGCUGUAAAACGUUACUUCCAAUGAUAUGUCGUGCAAACAGUGACUCACGUUGUAGGUGGUGGUGGAGAAACAGUUCGGAGACGAUGACUGUGUGUCAGCAUGACAAUGAAUCCUGUCAUAAGCCAGAAUCUUUGGGGCAAUGGUUUGUGAAUAAUAACAUUGCUGAAGUAGACUGGACAGUGGAGAGUUCCGGCAUGAACCCGACGGAAAACCUAAACGAUGAGUUAGAGCGUCGGAAUCGCUUCACAGCCCAGCGUCCAUAAUCACUGUCUCUAGUUUCGGCUCCUCCGUCUUGUGGCAGACUGGGGUGCAGUUCAUAGUAUUUCAUAGCUUUGGAAGGCGUCGGUGUUCCCUCGUAUAUUCCCACAGCCAGAGGUGUUAAUCCAAUUUUGUGUUUCCCGAACGUCCAAGCCUACGAUGCUCAUCUGUUCUGUUAAGAAUAUAUCAUCUGCGCAGAAUUAUGGGGACAAACCUCAUGUUGGUACCACAUGUAUUGUCAUACGUAGAGUAGUGUGUGCUCCGACAUUUGUGGGGCCUCAUCUGCUCUUGUAGAUCCUGUCCUUGUAGCGCUGUUAUCGCGCUUAUAUUUGAUGAAGUUCGACACAUCUUUUGUCGGUGUCUUCUUCUAACGCUCUUUCCGAUGCUGCAGAAAAAUGUACACAUGUCAACUGAAAAAAUAAACAAAAUUUUUAAAAAAAGUCAAGUUGUUGACGUUAUUAGAUAGCUAUAAACAAUUAUGCUGGUGUACGUCACACUUCCUGCUGUAAGUUAGUGCAAACUGAACGUUUAUUGUAUUUAUUCGUUCUGGAUGAAUUUCGGCUGGUCUGUAUCAUCUGCCUCAUCUUGCAAAGAGAGAAUGGCCAACCAUAGUAUCGCUGCUGACUGGUUGACAGCUCAGGACGCCAUGUUUGUAGCGGUUUGGUGUUUGCU